AUGGAGAUUGUUCUGGGCAUCGAGUUGUUAUUCUUGGGUGUAGGAGUGUACGUCGUAAUUUCUCUGUAUUUGCUUUACAAUCCGCAUCUUCUGCACAAGAAGAAAUGCUUAGCCUUCUACAGCAAGCACAUUUCUCACAGAGGGGGUGCUGGGGAGAGGAUAGAAAGCACCAUUGAGGCUUUUACACAUGCUGUGGAAGCUGGAACCGAGAUGUUUGAACUGGACUGUCAUUUAACCCUGGAUGGUUAUGUGGUUGUGUCCCACGACAACAAUCUGGAAAGACAGGCUGGACAUGAUACCUGCAUCUCCUCACUGGCAUUACAUGACCUGCCGCCCUACAAAGGAAAGCUUGAGGUCACGUUCUACGCUGGUCACUACAGCACGGGACAGGACCGGAGAAUCGUCCCGCUGGAGGACGUCUUCCGGAUGUUCCCGCAAAUGCCGAUAAACAUCGAGGUCAAAGAAAACAACGACCUGCUGAUCGAAAAGGUUGCCUCCUUAGUCAGAGAGUACGACAGAGAGAACAUCACAGUCUGGGCCACUGAUGACUCCAGCAUCAUGGCAAAAUGCAGAAAACAGAACCCCUCCAUGCCGUACAGCUUCACCAUGAGACGAGGGAUUCUUCUCCUGGUCCUCUACUACACUGGCCUUCUGCCCUUCGUACCUCUGGGGGAAAGUCUACUCCAGUUCUAUCUACCCAGGAUUAUCAACAGAACUUAUAUUCCAGAGGAGUCGUAUCUUAAAAAACGAUCUGUGGUUUCUCUGAUUGAAAAGUUAACAAUGAGACCGUCUCUGUUUGAACACUUGGUGAAGCGAGGAAUGCAGGUGCAGCUGUUCGUGUGCAACGAGGAGAGAGAUAUCGCUGCGGCUUUCGCGCUCGGAGCUACGGGAGUGAUGUCUGAUUACCCGACCCUCCUAUCAGACUACCUACAAAAACGUCCAUCACUUCCCUCUAUGUAGCACAUUU